CUGUACUGACCCACUGAACUCUCUUCUCUCCACAGGAAUGAGUCCUAAUUCCUGCCACGGUAGUGAGGGAACUCUACCUGUACUGACCCACUGAACUCUCUUCUCUCCACAGGAAUGAGUCCUAAUUCCUGUCACGGUAGUGAGGGAACUACCUCAACACCAGAAGCGAUGGAACGACAACACCGGGAGAAAGAGAAGACACGGGCGACCAAACGGAAGAAGAGUCCAGAACAAAAGCAACCGAAGAAAAAAGAGACACCGAAGAAGGAAAAGAAUCCGAAGCAGAAAAAAGCUAAGAUGACCCACCGCUGCUUUAAAUGUGGAGAGGGAUUCUCCCGCGUCUACGACAUGCUCUUACACCAGACCAUUCAUAUAGAUGGAACGACCAUGUUUAAAACCAAGAAGGUUCACCGCUGUUUAACGUGUGGAUACCAAGCAUCCGAUGCACAUAAACUGAUGAUGCACGAGCGGAUACACACGGGAGAGAAGCCUUUCCAGUGCUCUGUGUGCGGGAAGAGAUUCGCUCAGAAAGGAAAUCUGAAAAUACACCAGAGUGUGCACAAAGGUGAGAAGUCGUACAUCUGACCAGUUGACCCAACUCUGGAAAUAUCUUUGUCCUCUUUAAAAGGUGAGAAGUCGUACAUCUGACCAGUGACCCAACUCUGGAAAUAUCUUUGUCCUCUUUAAAAGGUGGGAAGUCGUACAUCUGACCAGUGACCCAACUCUGGAAAUAUCUUUGUUCUCUUUAAAGGGAUACUUUGGGAUUUGGUAUUGAGACCCUUUAUCUACGUCCCCAAACUCUUGGAUACCAUGUUUAUGUUUCUGCUUGCAGUUUGAAGGAAGUUGCUGACUAGCGGCAGCACAAUUGACUUGCCUAGUGGAAUAAAGGUUCAGUAAAACAUCUAAAAAUAAUAAUAAUUGCUAACUAGCGUAGCGCUAACGCUAGUUGCCAUUGGCUCACAAAACAACUUUUAACUUCCUUUAUACUGGACACAGAGACAGAAAAAUGGGAUCCACAAGUUCAUCUGACUCUGGUGAAGUAGAUGAAAGACCUCGUUGCCAAAAUUCUGAAGUAUCCCUUUAAGCUUUUGUAAAAAAACAAAACUUUAGGUAUUUUAUCCGGAUAAUGUCACUGUUGUAAAAACAAAAUGUCAGAUAUUACACAUCAAUAAAUGGUUUUAGUUCAGUUUAGUUAGGUGUGACUAAAGAGCAGAGGUGUCAGGCAGAAGGUGUGACUAAAGAGGUGUCAGGCAGAAGGUGUGACUAAAGAGGUGUCAGGCAGAAGGUGUGACUAAAGAGGUGUCAGGUAGAAGGUGUGACUAAAGAGAAGGUGUCAGGCAGAAGGUGUGACUAAAGAGAAGAGGUGUCAGACAGAAGGUGUGACUAAAGAGGUGUCAGGCAGAAGGUGUGACUAAAGAGGUGUCAGGCAGAAGGUGUGACUAAAGAGGUGUCAGACAGAAGGUGUGACUAAAGAGGUGUCAGGCAGAAGGUGUGACGAAAGAGGUGUCAGACAGAAGGUGUGACUAAAG